AUGUCAAAGCCGUUAUCUUUACACGCCACGAACAGGGGUAGCACAAGUCUUGGAUGCGAGAAGACCAAUGUUGUCACCCGGUCCAAACUCCCCAAAAGUCAUGAAGAUACCGUAGAAAACGGUGAAGCCGGCAACGUGCUCCUUCAAAGUUGGAAGAGCACCUGCCAUGGCGAAACCAAAGAUGGCUUGGAGAAGCACACCGGUCACCAAGGUGAGUCUUGGACCAAUGUAGUCGGCCACAAGAGCACCGGCAAAUGCACCAGGCAUGUAGAACAAGUUGAACACAACGUUCCAUCCGAAAGUCUUGUAGAGGUCACCAUCAGGAAUAAUGAUGUCCAAGAUUGUGGUGGAGUAGAUACCGAAAGCCAAGAACAAAGACAAAGGUGGGAUGGCUCCGAGUCCAAGAGUAAUUCUCCAAACGGGCUGGAGGUUGUGAGGCUUGAAGAUCCAAAGACAAACCAUAGGAACGAAUGCGGCAACGACGAAACCAAGGUCAAUCAUGGUGUUGGUGAACCAAGAGAAGUAUCUGUUUCUGUGGCCAGCAGGAAGCAAUGCAGAAGCCUCGGCACAGGCAGCAGAACCGGUUGGAUACUCGGCACCAAUGAAGACACCAAGGAAAAAUCUGUAAGCAGCUAA